AAAAUAUGUUUAACAAGUUGGCCGACUUAUAAGCUACACCAAACAACAUCGUAUACAGAUAUAUAGAAUGGAUAUGUCCUUUUUUUCUUCACCAGAUUCGACGAUCCUUGGUUAUAUCAUCUAAUCAAGACAAGAGUGGGCCUUUUCAACAAUGUGGUUUCGAUAAGAAAAAUCCUGCCUUAAAUCUUUAUGUAUGCUCAAAGCUUCCAUUCCCCAACAACCUUCGACGUGAAGUUGGGAGCUGGAUAUUUUAGGCUCCAGCCCUUCAGUUCUCCUUGUGUGAGUAGUUCCAGUUGCUGACUCUGCCCCUGACUUCCAAAUUUGAACUCGAGUAUUACCAUGUCAAGCUCUCAGUGCUUUGAGAACCCACCAAACCUGAGGCCCUCUUGUGGCUCAGGCACAGUUCAAGAGUUUGGUGGCCUCAAAACCUAUGUCACUGGCCCUCCAGAUUCCACGCAUUCGAUCCUUCUCAUUUCUGAUGUUUUUGGGUAUGAAGCUCCAAAUUUGAGAAAGCUUGCAGACAAAGUUGCAGCUGCUGGAUUCUUUGUAUUGGUUCCUGAUUUUUUCUAUGGUGAUCCUGUUGACUCAAACAAUCCUCAAUUUGAUCGUGAGGCAUGGAGAAAAGUUCACAACACAGACAAAGGAUAUGAAGAUGCUAAACCAGUAAUUGUUGCUUUAAAAAGUAAAGGGGUUUCUUCCAUUGGUGCUGCAGGUUUUUGCUGGGCAGGGAAGGUAGUAGUGAAACUAGCAAGCUCUGAUGACAUUAAGGCUGCUGUUGUGCUGCAUCCUGGUCGGCUCACCAUUGAUGAAAUUAAUGAGGUGAAGGUUCCAAUUGCAUUUUUGGGAGCUGAGUUUGACCAUGCUUCUCCACCAGAGCAACUGAAGGAUUUUGGAGAAAUUUUAUCCGCAAAAUCUGAGCAAUUCGAAAGCACUGUGAAAAUAUUCCCUGGUGUGAGUCAUGGAUGGACAGUGCGGUACAAUGUUGAUGAUGAAUCAGCUGUGAAGAGUGCUGAAGAGGCUCACGGUGACAUGUUAAAUUGGUUCACUAAACAUGUCAAGUGAGAAGUGCAUUAAGCAAAGAGUGUUAAAAGAGAGUAGGCUUAUGACCUAAAACUACUUAUCCAUUAUCUAUUCUAGCUGCACUUUGUAAUAGCAUAGCAAGUAUACAGACCAGAUGUUCUCUGCUGGGGCUUGUUGCUCCAGGAAUAAACAAAGAAUAUUUCGUUUGAAUGGAACUAAUUAAAGAGCAAUUUUAAUUAA